AGGCUCAGAGCAGGAAAAAAUAUGCUCACCUUCACUUUAUUCUUCUUUCUCCUGAACAUUCCACUUCUUGUGGCUAGUUUUAUUUAUCCCAGGUGCUUUUGGAGUAUGAAGAAGAAAGAAUACCAGGAUAGAAACCUGGGAACUGGUUGUAUGUUCUUUAUUUUGCCAGUGCAAAAGCCUGUGGAAAAAGAGUAUUUCAGUCAUAUUUCAAAUAUACAAACACCUACUGAAAACCAAAAGUAUCCUCUCGCCUUGGCUUUUUCCAUGAAUGAAAUCAACAACAACCCUGAUCUUUUGCCAAAUAUGUCUUUAGCAUUUAAAUUCACAGAAUACGGAUGUUUUUUGGAAUCCCAAUACAAAUUUAUCUUUAAUUUGUCUUUACAAAGUUAUGAAAUUCUCCCUAAUUUUAUCUGUACAGAAGACGUCAAGUGUGGAAUGGUACUUACUGGACUAAAUUUGGUAACAACUAUGACACUUCAUAUAAUCCUAAACAAUUUCAUAUUUCAGCAGUUCCGUCAGCUUACUUAUGGAUACUUUCAUCCUGUUCUGUGUGAUCAUGAAACUUUUCCUCAUAUAUAUCAGAUGGCCUCUGAUGAUACAUCUCUAGCCCUUGCUCUCGUCUCCUUCAUAAUUCAUUUCAGUUGGAACUGGAUAGGGUUGGCCAUCUCAGACAAUGAUCAAGGCAAACAUUUUCUCUCUUAUUUGAGAAGAGAGAUGGAAAAAAAUGCAGUCUGCUUUGCCUUUGUCAACAUUAUUCCAGUCAAUAUGAAUUUAUACAUGUCAAGAGCUGAAGUGUAUUACAGCCAAAUUAUGACAUCAUCCGCAAAUGUUGUUAUCAUUUAUGGUGAUGCAGGGAAUACAUUAGCUGUGAGCUUUAGAAUGUGGGAAUCUCUAGGUAUACGGAGACUAUGGGUUACCACCUCACAGUGGGAUGUCACUCCUUUUAAGAAAGACUUCACAUUUGAUAACGGAUAUGGAACUUUUGGCUUUGGACACCGCCACCGUGAGAUUUCUGGUUUUAAAUAUUUUGUUCAGACAUUGAACCCUUUCAAAUACUCAGAUGAAUAUUUGGUACAGCUGGAAUGGAUGUAUGUUAAUUGUAAAAUCUUAGAAUAUAACUGUAAGUCACUGAAGAACUGCUCCUUUAAUCACUCAUUGGAAUGGCUAAUGACACAUACUUUUGACAUGGCCAUUAUUGAAGGGAGUUAUGAAAUAUACAAUGCUGUGCAUGCUUUUGCCCAUGCACUCCAUGAGAUGACUUUUCAAAACGUUGAUAAUCUUCUCCUUGACAAUCAUAAAGAACAAAAUUAUAACUGCAAGAAGGUGUAUUCCUUUCUGAGCAAGACGCAGUUCACAAAUCCUGUUGGAGACAGAGUGAAUAUGAAUCAAAGAAACAAACUGAAGGAAGAGUAUGACAUUUUCUACAAUUGGAAUUUUCCACAGGGACUUGGAUUUAAAGUGAAAAUAGGAAUAUUUAGUCCAUAUUUUCCUAAAGGUCAACAGCUACACUUAUCUGAAAAUAUGAUAGACUGGUCCACAGGAAGUAUACAGGUGGGUUCUGUCUAA